AUUCAACGGAAGGUGAAAGUCUGCCGGUCUGCGCCAGCGUCUGAUAUCAAUGGCUUUCAGGGCUCAUUUUAUUUGAAUGUCUGGACUUCAUAUAAUUUCAUCCUUAAGAAACCAAUGAUGGAUAUCCUAUGGAUUUUAUGGACACUACCAUCAGUCCUGGCUAUUGAAGAAAUUUUGAUGGACUCCACCACAGCGACCGCAGAGCUUGGCUGGACAGUAUAUCCAGUGUCGGGAACAAGUGACAGCAGUUGGGAAGAAGUAAGCGGCUACGAUGAGAACAUGAACACCAUCCGUACCUAUCAGGUGUGCAAUGUCUUUGAUGCCAACCAAAACAACUGGGUGCGCACCAAGUACAUCCGGCGAAGAGGAGCUCAACGUAUUCAUGUGGAGAUGAAAUUCUCAGUGCGAGACUGCAGCAGCAUCCCAAGAGUCCCUGGUUCUUGUAAGGAAACCUUCAAUCUUUACUACUACGAAUCUGACAGCGACACUGCCACCAAAACAUUCCCCCCAUGGAUGGAAAACCCAUGGAUAAAGGUGGACACCAUUGCGGCCGACGAGAGUUUCUCACAGGUAGACCUGGGUGGACGUGUGAUGAAGAUUAACACUGAGGUUCGCAGUUUUGGCCCCGUCUCCCGUAACGGUUUUUACCUAGCCUUUCAGGACUAUGGCGGGUGCAUGUCAUUGAUCGCCGUGCGUGUGUUCUACCGGAAGUGCCCUCGUACCAUACGUAACGGAGCGAUAUUUCAGGAGACGCUUUCGGGAGCAGAGAGCACUUCACUUGUAGCGGCACGGGGAGUCUGUAUCCCUAAUGCUGAGGAGGUCGACGUUCCCAUUAAACUGUACUGUAAUGGAGAUGGAGAGUGGAUGGUCCCUAUUGGUCGCUGUAUGUGUAAAGCAGGUCACGAGGCAGUGGAAAAUGGAACUGUUUGCAGAGCAUGCCCUUCGGGUUUCUUCAAGACUGCACAAGGUGACGAGAAAUGUCUGCAGUGUCCAAUCAACAGCCGUACAACCAACGAUGGAGCCACCAACUGCGUCUGCCGAAAUGGAUAUUACCGCACAGACUCUGACCCGCUAGAGAUGCCCUGCACAACUGUGCCGUCAGCCCCUCAAAAUGUCAUCUCCAGUGUGAACGAGACAUCUCUGAUGCUGGAGUGGAAUCCUCCGCGAGAGACUGGUGGUCGUGAUGACGUGGUCUACAACAUCAUCUGCAAGAGCUGUGGAGGAGGCAGAGGAGGCUGCACGCGCUGUGGAGACAACGUGCAGUUCAUUCCUAGACAGCUAGGGCUCACAGAGAGCCGGGUCUUUAUAAGUGACCUGCUAGCCCACACCCAGUACACCUUUGAAAUCCAGGCUGUGAAUGGAGUGUCAGACCAGAGUCCCUAUUCACCUCAGUAUACGUCUGUCAACAUCACUACUAACCAGGCUGCUCCUUCCACUGUAUCUAUCAUGCAUCAGGUCAGCCGUACCAUUGACAGCAUCACACUCUCAUGGUCCCAGCCAGACCAGCCCAACGGUGUCAUACUCGACUAUGAGCUGCAGUAUUAUGAGAAGGACCAGACCGAGCAUAAUUCGUCCAUGGUUAAGAGUCAAACCAACACGGCAGUCAUCCGCGGCCUCAAACCCGGAGGUAUCUACGUCUUCCAGGUCCGAGCCCGAACAGUGGCUGGGUUUGGGCGGUACAGCGGAAAAAUGUACUUCCAGACUAUGACUGAAGAGGAGUACAACACUAGCAUUCAAGAGAAGCUGCCUCUCAUCAUUGGCUCGGCGGCUGCUGGUCUGGUCUUCCUCAUUGCGGUGGUGGUCAUCAUCAUCGUGUGCAACCGACGGGGAUUCGAGAGAGCGGAUUCAGAGUACACAGACAAGCUGCAGCACUACACCAGCGGCCACAUGUCACCAGGAAUGAAGAUCUACAUCGAUCCGUUCACCUAUGAAGACCCCAACGAAGCUGUAAGGGAGUUUGCAAAGGAAAUUGACAUCUCAUGUGUGAAAAUCGAGCAAGUCAUUGGAGCAGGGGAGUUUGGAGAGGUCUGCAGUGGUAACCUGAAGCUUCCAGGGAAGAGGGAGAUGUUCGUGGCCAUCAAAACGCUGAAGUCAGGUUACACAGAGAAGCAAAGGCGGGACUUCCUGAGUGAAGCAAGCAUCAUGGGGCAGUUCGAUCACCCUAAUGUCAUCCAUUUAGAAGGAGUGGUGACAAAGAGCAGCCCGGUCAUGAUCAUCACAGAGUUUAUGGAGAACGGCUCACUGGACUCUUUCCUCAGGCAAAAUGAUGGCCAGUUCACUGUGAUUCAGCUGGUGGGCAUGUUACGAGGGAUCGCCUCUGGAAUGAAGUACCUUGCAGACAUGAAUUAUGUGCACCGGGAUCUGGCCGCACGCAACAUCUUAGUUAACAGUAACCUCGUUUGCAAGGUGUCCGAUUUCGGACUCUCUCGCUUCUUGGAGGAUGACACGUCUGACCCUACAUAUACCAGUGCUCUGGGGGGGAAGAUCCCUAUUCGAUGGACCGCCCCGGAGGCCAUUCAGUAUAGGAAGUUCACCUCUGCCAGUGAUGUAUGGAGCUAUGGGAUAGUCAUGUGGGAGGUGAUGUCAUAUGGAGAGCGACCAUAUUGGGACAUGACCAAUCAGGAUGUCAUCAACGCCAUUGAGCAAGACUACCGGCUGCCCCCUCCGAUGGACUGCCCCAGUGCCCUCCACCAGCUCAUGCUGGACUGCUGGCAGAAAGACCGCAACAACAGGCCUAAGUUCAGCCAGAUUGUCAACAAUCUGGACAAAAUGAUUCGUAACCCCAACAGCCUGAAGGCCAUGACUCCGCUGUCAUCAGGUGUGCAUUUGCCCUUGCUUGACCGCAGUGUGCCUGACUUCUCUAGCUUUAGCUCUGUGGAUGAUUGGCUGGACGCUAUUAAGAUGGGCCAGUACAAAGACAACUUUGCCAAUGGCAACUUCACCAGCUUCGACCUCGUUUCCCAGAUGACCAUGGAGGACAUUCUCCGGGUCGGAGUGACACUAGCAGGUCAUCAGAAGAAGAUCCUCAACAGCGUUCAGAUGAUGAGGGCUCAGAUGAACCAGAUCCAGUCGGUAGAGGUUUGACCACGUGCCCUCGAUUAGACUGGGCGGAGGACAACAGGAGGAGGCGGAGAGCCAGCGUGAAGGGAUGGGGCGGCCACCGCAGACCCCUAAGCCUGAUUUUCCUUCUGGACCACCUAGGAUACCCACCUGCCCCCUCCUCCCAAACACUCUCGUUCUCCAUCUGUGUCAUCUGACUCCCCCAUUAACCCCCAGACACCCUAAUGGGCUGGAUUCGGGGAAAGCUGCGUCUGGAAAAUAUGGUCACAACACCUGAUCGUUUAGUUUUAGCCACCACCAAUCACAGGAUGACCCUUCAGUCUGCCAGCAAUAGGCCCCGCCCCUAUUUCCUUCUCAUUUUGUUCCUUUCCAGUUAUUCUUUUUUUAUCGUCUUCAUUUUUUUAAAGAGUUUUUUUGUAAAGAAUUUUUAAAGCUAUGAAAACAUAAGGAAUCUAUAUGAAAUGUAUAGAUUGCAGACUGAAUACGGUGGACUGAAUUAAAAGGCUACCCUUUAAAAGGGCAAUGAAGAAACAGGAGAUAAAAAAACAAACUUCACCCCAUGAUACAUGCUUCUGAGAUUUUCUUUUUGAAUAUUUUAGGAAAAUCCUGACUAGAAAUAAUGACUGUCUGCUCAGUGGAUACACACACACACACACACAUGGGACAACCUGCGGGACCGUAAUCCCUCUCCCCUUGCUGACAGUCAGGGGAAAAGUAUGUGAACACCAUGAAAUGGCACUUCCUUCUGGCAGCUGAUUCUGCCUUGAAGAAAACAUGAGACUUCAGUCAUUCAAACUACAUCAACACAAACAAACAGAGGAAGGAAAAAAAAUGCAGUUAUCACAGUGUUGCAAUUUGUGGUGCAGAUUUCUCAUUGCUCGGGGGGAGGAAAACAGAAAUCUUUUACAGAUGUCAUAAAACAGCCUGCCAAAAUUGAGCAUCAUCUCUUUGUACCUCGUCCUGUACAUAUCAGAUGCACUUGACGUCGUGAGGUCAUCAGUACAAGCCUGAUGCAGUCCAACAUUUAGCUUCAUUUUGAGUAUUAGAUUGAGCUACAUUGACAUUUGAUGGACUUUCUUUAGAGUGCGCAAACGUUUGUGACUCGAGGGGGUCAUCUUUUAUAUUCUUCUUCCUUUUUUUGUCAUGGGCUAAGAUGAUUUAGUUUGAAAGACGGCGUAAGAUGUUCUCCCCCAUAAAGAAAACUUUUUAGCUCGCUCUUUUGGUGAACCAGAGAAGGACCCCGAGUGCACGUAUGGUGUGGUCCUCACAUCUCCGCUCUUCUUUUAUGCUCGAAUCCCUGCCUUGCGAGUGUGUGCAUGUGUGCGUAUGGAGCCCAUGUGCGGUGCAAAACUAUGAUUUCAGGGGAUGCUUGGAUUUGAUACACGUCGCAGAUCACUGUGUCGAUAUGCUUAUAUUUUUGCCACCAAAAUCAUUUCUUUUAAAAGAUCAACGUUUUGUAAUAUGGUGUUUAGGAGUUUUAAUAUCUGAUAAAGAGUUAGAGGACAUUUUCAUAACAGGAAAGUCAUUGUGAAGCAUAGUUUUAUAUAAGGAUGCUGUUACGACAUUUUUAAACAGGUUACAUUCACCGAUCGGGGGGUCAAGAUUAAAUCUGACAUCUAAAAAACAAGCUGGAGUUUCGUUAACGAAUCACAAAAUGUAAAUGAGUGUGUAUAGGUUUUAUUUUAUACAGAGAAAGCAUUCGUAAUUGCGUAAGAUACUUCACCUGCAUUGACGUAAAACUGUAUAUAAUAUUCUGAAUCAGAAACUCCCCCCGCCUGAGAGGUUUUUCUCAAAGCUGUGUUGGAUUUUAGUGUACAGAUUAGUUUUUUUUUUAAUGUGUUGUUGAUGGAGAGUUGCUAUUGUCUGUUUAUUUUGGGCUUUUCGUUUUGUACUAGGACGGGCUGAGAGAUGAAGCAGCUGUAGAGAUGAACAGGCCGGAGGCAUCUUCAUCCAUGCUGGAGUGUAUGUGUGCGUGUGUUUCUGAGUGUGUUUGCACAUGCAGGUACAUCCGUGUACCAGCAUUACAGUCACUGUGGAUAACAAUAUACUUGUCGCUCGGUCGACGAGGGGCUCUCGCUUUAUUUCCAUAACCUCAGUGUUGACAUGCAUCUGUUAAAAACACAGUACUGUGAGGUCGGUUCAGUAUAGCUAAAUUCUGAAUCUCAAAGUGCUGAUAAAGUUCUGAUCAGAUGGUGUUGACCGUUUCUCUGUUCUUCCCAUUACAUGAUGCUUCCAUUAGAAAAAAAAGACUAUUAUCAGGCAGUGUUUGGGCAUCCAGCAGACAGGCCAUCCCGGGUAGAGAUCAAUUCAAAAGGCUUGAGAGACACCAAUGUUUACCUUCCUGUGUGUCCAGAAAGAAGGUAGGAUUUCAUUUUUCCAUUGAGCUUGAGGUACUACAGUAAGUGGCCCUUAAGUUUUAGCUCUCAGCUUUUCAGACCUUUUCAUCACCAGCAGGAGGAUUUAGGGAGAGAGGAAAUCAAUCUGGGCUUAACACUUCAUCCUAACCAGCAAGCAGUUAUUUGUCCGUCCACAUUAGAAGCGAAAAUCCAGCAUGGCAGUCACAGUUGUUGUUUAAUAUGCAGUUACUGUAGCCCAUGUUACUGUUUAAAAGUUUGGGGUUGGAAAGAAUUUAGUUGAACUUUUAUUUGGUUGCAUUAAAUUUGAUUAGAAAUGCAGUAAAAAAACGGCAAUAUUGUAAACUAUUUUUGCAGUUUAAAAUAAUUGUAUUCUAAUUUAAUAUAUUUUGAAAUGUAAUUUAUUCCUGUGGUGGCAAAGCUGGAUUUUCAGCAUCCUUUUACUUCACAUGAUCUUUUAGAAACAUUUUAAUAUGCUUUUUAGUGCGCAAGCAAAAAAAAAAAACUGUUAUUAACAAACGGAAAACUUUUUUUUUUAAUUAUUUUUUUUUAUAUUUAUGAUAUUUUUUCAUUCUUUUUUACAGCAUUUAUUUUACACUUAAAUGUAUUUUUAGCAAUCUGAAAGUUACUAGUUUUAAAAAGUUUUUUUCAAACAAAUAAAAAUUAAUUUUUUUAUUUAAUUUAUGUACAAAUGAGAUUAUUUCAUUUAGUGACAAAAAAAACUAACUUUUUCAUUACUUAAAAAAAUACUGAAUGUUUUAAAGUCUGUGAUUUUAUGGUUCCAUGCUUAACAAAUCCAAUACAGAUUAUCAUUCCACAACACUAAAAAUGUCUCUUCAGUGUUACAUUUUCAGUAUCAAGUUGUUGAAGCAUGGUCCCAUUUAGGGCUUAAAAAGUAAGCCAAAUUGUCAUUCAGAAUCUCACUUUACCAGGUCCAAUUUUUUUUUUCAAUUGACCCCGCUCUGUUAAGGCUUAUGUGUACUUUUGCAGCCACAUCUGAUCUCUGGUUAAGCAUAUUUACAGUACAAAACUUGUCUGUGAAUUAUGAGGGGAAACAAACAAAAUAAAUAAAUAAUAAUCAUUCAUUAAUCAUAAUCAAGUCAAAAUAUUUAGAUUUUAGGCCAAAUCACCCAGCCCUAGUCCCAUUUUAAAAGCCUCUCAUAAGUAAAUAAACUAUUUUUUAACAUUCAUAACAAUCUAUACACGCUGUCUAAUAACAUUUAAUUAGCAUAUUAUCUGUUUGCAGGUAAUGCAAUACGUGGCAACUUGGUCACAUUGAGCUGCUGGUUAGGACAGGUGAUUCAGGGAGGUGAGAGACAGAUUUAGAGUGAAGGAUGUUCUCACAUCAAAACGCAUACCAGUGGUGGUGCCAGCAGCCAUCUUUACCUGUCUGUCCAGCACACAUCCUCUCAAUAUUUAAUGGCGUCUCAGUGUCACUGCUGCACUGUGAGACUAAGGUCUUGAAUCCCUCGUCUUCCUCAGAAUAACACCGCUUUCUCCUUCACCCUCCUAGGACAAUCGUUGUCACCGAAAACUGCGGGAUCCACACACACACACACAUAUACACACACACACACAAAUAAAUUCAUGGCAGUAGCAAUAUUUAGAGGUACUACCCACAAGUUAUGGCAUGCUUUAAAUCUGCCUAAAAGUUCAGGAUUAACAGAGCUUUGAAUGAAAUCCAGUGCUGAAGGGAUAUCCUGUAUCCCUGAUCCCCGACUUCUUUUCCUUCCAGUGAAAUGUGUCAUUUCAGAAAAAUAAAAAGAGGUUUUUCUCUCGCUGUUUGGCACCGACUUUCUGGUACUUUGCAUCGAGAGAUCCAAAGGAACAUUAGCAGCCAAUGAGCCUUUCUGUUUUAAGAUAUUGAUACGUUGAAAGAUUCUGACACGCUUGACAUUUGCUACACAUUAAAGCUGUAUUUAUAUUGGACUAUUUCAUCUGAUUCAUCUAAUGUAAUUCACUUUUUUUUCCCACCGUUCAAGUUUGUUUCUCAGUAGGGGACUAAUUACCUCAUACGCCUCUGUCUCUCAUUUGUCGUUUAACAGAACACUUCGUAGACCACAGACAAAUGAGACGUGGCCUUGAGAGUGUGAAAGAAUGUCACGCUGAGUGAUUUAAGCACUUCUGUUAUUUUUUUCACAUGGAUUACCACCUUAAAUGCAAGCUUUCUACCACAACACAGUGCUGGGAAAGAUGGCACAUAGGAAUUUCUAUUUCUUGUGAAAAUGACCAAUAAGCUGCCGUUAUGUGGACAUGCGAACUGCAAAUGUUCUUUCUGGCGAGCAAAAACGUGACCGUGCACCAUUUAAAGCAUUUUGUUGAAAGCUGGGUGACAGCAAGCUGUGAACAGCAUAUGCUCGCAGCUACCGCCGAAGCAUAAUACCAAUGCAAAACCGUUAUUAUGAUGAUUAUGUGUGACUGUGAACGUAAAUACAAGCUGGCUCUGGCUCCCUCUCAUUGGUCCAUAUUUCUGCCUGCAUCCUCCAAAUAUGGUGGGAAGUUGUUGGGAGAGAAAAUGGCUCCCCGAGCAGAGCUGUAGUGGCUGUAGGGCCGCAGCUCCCUCUGCUGUUAGGAAGGCAGUAGUGUGUUCUUCCGCAUGUCUCUCAGCCCUGCUUUUCAUUACAGGGCAGCAGACCUCUCUCUCUCUCUCUCUCUCUCUUGCCCAAAUAGAGCACUGCCCACCUGGACCACUGUGACGGAGAUGGGAGGUCCUGUUUCGCUGUAUAAAAUGUACAUUUGACUGUAACCCUGUGAAUGAUGUAACAAUUUCAUUAUUUGUAAUAUUGUUAUUGGUUUAUUUUCUAAAAAUGAGAAAAAAAAAGCCCAACUUGACUCUCCUCAUUAAAAAAUGAAAUGAGAUCUGUUA